GAGAUGGGGACGUUGAUUUGAGUAAUUAUGUUAGUUGCCAAAAGAAAACCAUCGUAAUCUGCCGACAGAAAAAAGAGUCCAAAACCAACUCAUAAACAUCACCACCACACACACUAUUACUGCUACACACAUUCAUAUUUCACACUCCUCCAAUUAUUAUUGUAUUUCUUCUCUCUCCCUCUCUCUUCCCUUUGCUGUUGCUUCCAUUCCCCAUGGAUUACCAAUCGAAAAUGGUGUCGGUUAACUGCCAAUACGAGCAAGACGACUGUUCUAAACUUGGGGCUGAGUUUUCUUCCACUCUCGACGACGCUCUCUACUCCUCACAGGGGAUGACAAUGGAUGUUGAUGUAAGCUUGGAGUGGCUGUCAGCAUUUGUGGAAGAAUGCUUAUCAUCAACCAAAGGAAGCACCCUCCCCCUCCCACCCCUACAACUAUCCACACAGCUAAACAGCCCCUCUACAAAACCAAGUUCACUUUCUCACCCUGCACCCCCUUCUUCCAACUCGUCGUUCACCCACUUUCCUGCAGUCCCUGGCAAGGCCAGAAGCAAGAGAAGGCGGCGAGCGCCCUCCAAAGCAAUCAUUCGCCCUCUCGUUGGUCAACAUCUCCAUCAACUGAACCUGCUGCAGAACAAACAUUUUUUACAGUUGACCUCCUCUGCAGACCCUCUUUUGUUGCAACAAACCUAUUGGUUGGCUGAUAGUGAGCUCUUACUUCCGCCUAAGGCUCGAGGAGGAGGAGGAGAAACAGAGAAGACGAUAGAUAUGGAUCAGAUAGAAACAACAGUCAAGAAGAGUAUGAAGAAGCAGCAGCAACAGGGUGCAGGGAGUGGGAGGAGAUGCAGCCAUUGUCAAGCACAGAGGACUCCACAGUGGAGAAGUGGACCAUUGGGACCCAAGACAUUAUGCAAUGCAUGUGGAGUUAGAUACAAGAAGUCAGGAAGAUUGUUACCAGAGUAUAGACCAGCCAACAGCCCUACUUUUGUGAGUUUAUUGCAUUCCAAUUCACAUAAGAGAGUUAUGGAGAUGAGAAUGAUGAAUGCCUCUUCUUCUACUCCUACUACCUUUCCCUCCUCUUCGUAAAACCUACUACCGACACACCGAACCCGAAGCUGCAACACAAUUUGGUUCUUCAAUGUAUACUACCCUUUCUAUUCAAAUUAGAGUACUGCAGCUCCUCAUUUAACUCUCAAGCACACAUAAACCGUCCUUGUGUCCAAUUUCUAGUAUAAUAGACUGAUUACUACUUGUAGUACCGAGUAA